AUGAGGGGUAUUCCAGGUGCUGCAGAUGUGAAGAAGAGUUCCUGCAGAGCUGCUGCAGUGUGUCUGGGUCUGCUGUGUCUUCUCCUUCUGACUGGACUCACAACUUUGGUUUUCCUGUUUACCAAGAGCAACUCUGAGUGGGAGAUGGAGAUGUUCCUGUUACAAGACAGGAACAACAACCUAACGAAAGAAAGAGACCAGUUACGGACCAGUCACAACAACCUGUCUAAAGAAAGAGACCAGUUACGGACCAGUUACAGCAGCCUGUCUAAAGAAAGAGACCAGUUACGGACCAGUUACAGCAACCUGUCUAAAGAAAGAGACCAGUUGCAAAAAAAAACUGAAGCCCUGACCAAGGACAGAACUGAUCUUCAGAGAAAGCUUGAAGCAAAAACCAGUCACGGCACCGCCUGAAAAGAGGUUCAGAGGUCAGCAACCAGGCAUCAGUGAAAGAUCAAGAAAAACAUUCACAUCGGACGACAGAACAUCAACAGCAGCGAUAACUAUUUCCCCUACAUAUACA